AUGGACUUGAUUUCUGAAUCGAUUAAAGGUCGAUUGUUGUUUGCCAUUCCAAAGAAAGGGAGGUUGUAUGAAAAGUCGAUUCAGCUGUUGCACGGGGCGGAUGUUCAGUAUACGCGCUCACACCGCCUCGAUGUCGCACUCGUACGGAACCUAAACAUUGCACUUGUGUUCCUUCCCGCAGCCGAUAUUCCCCGAUUCGUGGGUGAAGGAAAUGUCGAUCUGGGUAUAACCGGCCAGGAUGUCAUUCUCGAAGCCGAGAUGGAAGGACACACGACUCAGCUGUUGAAGCUUGGUUUUGGAAAAUGUAAAUUGCAGGUCCAGGUUCCAGAAAAGGGCGAAUUUAACCAGCUUGAAUCGGCAAGUUUGGUGGGCAGGAGGAUUGUUACAAGCUUCGAAGUCCUAGCUCGCAAGUACUUUGAAAAACUCGACCAAGAGCAUGGUCUACAAGCCGGACAAAAAACCAACAUCGAAUACGUCGGAGGUAGUGUGGAAGCUGCUUGCGCACUAGGUCUCGCAGACGGAAUUGUCGACUUGGUCGAAUCAGGCGAUACUAUGCGUGCAGCAGGCCUACACGCAAUCGCAACGCUACUCGAAUCCGAAGCUGUCCUGAUCACAUCUUCCAAACCCAAACACCCCCACUUUUUACCGCUGCAAAACCAAAUCACACAGCGCAUCGCCGGAGUAUUGGCUUCUCAGAAAUUUGUGGUUUGUCAAUACAACGUGCGACGCGAAAAGCUGGCGGAAGCGACCAAGGUGACGCCCGGAAGAAGGGCAGCGACGGUCAGUCCUCUCGAAGACGGUGAAUGGGUGGCGGUGAGCAGCAUGGUCGAAGCCACGAGGGCCGCGGAUGUUAUGGACCAAUUGGUGAACAUUGGAGCGGAAGACGUUCUCAUCAUAAAGCUGGACAACUGUCGUGUCUAA